CAAAAUUAUAGUUAAUUAGUAAUAAUGAGUGAAUCAGAUGUUGUGAUUGCUUCAGGAGCAGAGCUUAUUGCAAGGACUUUAAAAAGUCAAGGUGUUGAAGUUGUUUUUGGUAUUGUCGGUAUUCCCAUUGUUGAAGUAGCUGAAGCUUGUGUUGCUGCAGGAAUUCGUUUCAUUGGGUUCCGAAAUGAACAAUCUGCUGCCUAUGCAGCCUCUGUUUAUGGUUAUCUUAGUGGUUAUCCAGGCGUUUGUUUAACUGUAGGUGGUCCAGGUGUUAUUCAUGCUUUGGCUGGUGUGCUUAAUUCCAAACUUAAUUGUUGGCCAUUAAUCCUUUUAUCGGGAUCGUGUGAAUCUGACCAAGUUGACAAGGGCGCAUUUCAAGAAUUAGACCAAGUAGAAGCUACACGUCCUUAUUGUAAGUAUAGUGCAAGAUCUACAUCUAUUGAACAAUUGCCAUCUACAAUCGAAAAGGCCUUUAGAGCAGCUUUGUAUGGUAGACCUGGCCCUGCAUAUGUUGAUUUACCUGCUGAUUAUGUUCAAUAUCCUAUUCGUAACAAAGAAUUAUAUGAUUCUAUUCAACUUCCUCGUAUUCCUAAUGCUCCAAAGUCAAUGGCUAGCCAAUUGGAUAUUGAUAACGCGAUCUCCUUAUUGAAGAAUGCUCAACAUCCUUUAAUCGUCGUUGGUAAAGGUGCUGCUUAUGCUCGUGCUGAAAAUGAGGUUCGUGAAUUUAUUGAUAAAGUACAAGUACCGUUUUUACCAACACCAAUGGGUAAAGGAGUCGUUCGUGAUGAUCAUCCAUUAUGUGUAUCAGCAGCUCGUUCUAAAGUUUUAAAAGAAGCUGAUGUUGUGCUUUUAAUUGGAGCUCGUCUCAACUGGAUAUUGCAUUAUGGUCAAUCACCUCGUUGGAACAAGGAUGUGAAGUUUAUUCAAAUUGAUAUUGCACCUGAAGAGUUAGGAAACAACUGUCAUGACACGUUACAUCUUUUGGGAGAUAUUCAACUUGUUGUACCUCAGUUAACCCGCGCACUUGAUGGUAAGCUCCCUAAUAUAGAAUCAACUUAUGUCUCUGGACUGCUCGAUAAAGUAAAACAAAACGUUGAAAAGUUAAAGGCAGCAGGUGCAAAUGGCUCCGAUGAUGCUGUUUUAACCUAUCAGGCCGCUUUUACAGUUAUUAAAAAUUGUCUUCCUGAGGAUGACAUUGUUUAUGUAAGCGAAGGUGCAAACACGAUGGAUAUUGCUCGAUCUUAUUUUGAUGUAAAUCACCCAAGACAACGUUUAGAUGCUGGUACAGGCGCAACAAUGGGAGUUGGUAUGGGAUAUACUAUUGGUGCUCAAGUGUAUUAUUCAGCUCAAGAAAAUAAAAAGCGAGUUGUAAGUAUUGUGGGUGAUUCUGCUUUUGGUUUUUCUGCUAUGGAAAUAGAAACAGCCAUUCGCUCUUGUUUGCCUGUUGUAAUUAUUGUUAUUAAUAACAACGGUAUCUAUCACGGAUUAGAAGAUGAUGACUAUCAGACCUCACAAAAGGAAGGUACUUUGCCUACUACUGCUCUUUCUCCUGAAGUAAGAUAUGACUUAAUUUCCGAGGCUUGUGGAGGUAAAGGUUGGUUAGUGAAAAACCGUGUUGAGUUAGCAAAGGCACUUGAGGAAGCUUUAGCUUCUAAGGACCAGACAUGUCUUAUUAACGUAUUAAUUGCACCCGGAGGAAGACAAAAGUUAGAUUUUGCAUGGAUGCAAAAGUCAAAGAAAUCUAGAUUAUAAUUAAUAUAAAUAUAUAUUUGUAUACAUACAUAAUAUAAUUAUAAAUUUCAGCAUAUAUGUUCUGUAAGACUUUUUUUUUAAAAAUAAAUAUUUAUAUACAUCUAUUGUUUUAUUGUAUAAA